AUGAAGCCAGCCCCCCUGCUCCUGCUCCUCUCCUCGGUCCUCCUCUCAUCACACCUCCGCCCUGCCGCCGGCCGACCGCGCACCUUCCCCGGCUGGCUGGAUGGCAGCGGCCGCCUCCAGCAGACGCAGCAAAUGGACGAGGUGCUCCUCAGAGCGGCGGCCGCCGGUGACAGCAGCGCCUCAGAUCUGCUGAGCGACAACAUCCUGAGGUUCCUCCAGAGGAGGAGCCCGGACCACCUCCAGCUGCUCCCGCCUGAAGAAGAAGAAGAAAGCGACGAUGAGGCGGUGAGGACCGCGGCGCAGCUGCUGAAGCGCAGCGAAGAGCCGCCGCUGUCCAUCGACCUGACCUUCCACCUGCUGAGGAAUAUGAUCCAGAUGGCCAAGAUGGAGAGCCAGAGAGAGCAGGCGCAGCUCAACCGCAAAGUGCUGGACGAGGUGGGAAAGUAAAAUCUCUUCUCAUUUUUCUUUCUUUUCUUUUUUGCCUCGAUCAAACAGCCCAAACCGCUGUAUCAGUAUUCCAGACCUCUGACAUGAGUUUUUGUUCGU